AUGGCUUCAGAGAGCGGUGCAUAUACUCAGUUAACAACAGAAUUUCCAAACAACGCAACGCUUAGUACAAUUUUUGAAAUGAAUUUUACAAACAAUUCCAGUGCGAAUAAUUCUAAUUGUGCAGAAGUGAGCGCUGAUGAUUUAAACCAAAAAUUAGCCUUUAUAAUAGUCAACAGUAUUAUAAGUUUGGUAAUAAUAGUUGGUAAUAUAGCGACCAUUGUAGCUGUGCUGAAAACACCAGUUUUAGGAAGAGUAUCCAACAGAUUUCUAGUGACACUGACUAUGGCAGAUAUCCUCGUUGGGGUUCUUGCUUCACCUUUAGAAAUUCUCACUGAUGUACCAUACUUUAGUAAUUUACUCAAUACGGACAAGUUCUUCUGCUUACUUCAGCAUGUAUGUCUAACUAUUCCUGCCAGGGCUUCUUUAACUAGUUUAACUAUUAUACUGAUAGAUAGAAGUUUUUAUAUUGGAUCAGACUCUGUAUAUAACUCCUGGACAACGAACCUUACGACAGGCUUAGUUAUAAUUGGUAUCUGGUGUAUAGCUAUAGUGACGGGAUCGGUUCCGUUUUUCUACAACCAAUGGAAGCCUUGUGUUAAAUGUGAACGCACUGCAGUGUUACACCUGGUGUAUCAUAAUAUUUUUGAAUCUAUUUACCUUUUAUUAUGUUGGUCAAUAAUGAUUGCCUCUUUAAUUUUCAUCCAUUCUUAUUCCUAUCAUGAAAAAUCCACAAUGACUGAUGAACAGAAGGUAAAACGACAAUCAGAUUUAAUGUUUAUAAACACUUUUGGUCUGGUGUUUCUAUUUUCUGUUUUAUGUUAUCUACCAAGUUUAACAAUUUUAAUUCUAACUAAUUUGGACAUUGAAAUACCAUCUUACGUCAAUGACGUGAAUAGUAUUUCAACCCAAAUGAACUCUAGUAUGAAUUUUAUAGUUUAUUUCGCUCACAAUCAGAAAUUUAGGAGAGCGUUCAUCCGAAUAUUAUGUCCCAACAAAUUCAUAGAACUUGAAGCAAAAUUCGAAGCCAAUCUUCGACAAGCGUUUGACACAAACAUCAAAUCAAAAAUUAUGAACGUUAAAUCGCAAAUUAAAUCGAACGUGCAGUCAAAUAUUAUUGAUAAAGUAAAAGUGAAAGAUAUGCAGGAUGAUGAGAAAUCAAUCUGCCCAGAGGUAAUAAGCAGCAACUCAAGGAAUUCUGAUCAGAGGAGACCAGAUCAACAGAGCAAACCAACACUUCUGAGUCUAGCAAUUGCACUCGAUAUCGAAUCAAAACGCAAUGUUGCACAGAAUAGUCAAAAUGAAAUUGCACUGGAGCAGGAUAACAUUUUUUCUGAAUCCUCUGCUGAGCCGGACAGCCAAUCAGUUUGGGACACUGCUGUCGAACAUAAUGAUGAAAGUGUGCUUAGUGAUCUUGCAUCACCCGACAUCAUGCCUAAACAAACUUCCAGUCAUAAUACUGUGAGUUCUCCCGGAAAAAUUUGGACAAGGUUUAUCUCGUGGUUUUCUUCCAAGGGCGUGGAAAAUGAUACGGACCAUACAACAGAGUCAGAUGACAGUGCUUCAUCUGAACAUAGAAAUACAUCUGAAAACGAUUCCUCGGUUUCAAACAUUAAUGAUAAAAUUACCGACAAAGAAAAAUCAAACUAUGAAAGGAAAUUGUGGAUGUUGAAUUUGUAG